UUCAGAUAGCAUUCUCUCGUAAUCUUCAAAUCAUUCAGCUUACAUCCUUAUCCUCUCCAGUCUCUACCCGCAUCUCCUCUAAAACACUCCCCCACUAGAGAAUACAACAGCCAACUCACCAUCAGCCAUGUAGCGCCCAUACAAUGCACCAAGAAACUAUCCAUUUCCUCUCCUCCUCCACUAAGCCUUCUUUCUCUCCCACUUCCUUCCUUCCAAAAUCCAGUUUCUUCCCUCCCCACCAUGAUUCUCCCUCACUUUCUCGCUCAAAAAACCAACUGUUCCAUGUAUUCUCCCCCAAAGCCGCUAUCUCUCUUCCACUUAAAUCCCAUACUACUCCAGAACUUUCCUCCAUGUCGCCCCCGAGUCGCCCAGUACUCCAGCAGCCCAAUCCUCGUCGUUCCCAAUUCCAGGAGAAAAUGCUCUACCUCGAUUCCAUCGGCCUCGACUUCUUCUCCCUCAUCAACCAGUACCCUCCGAUCGUCUCCGCAUCCCUCUCUGACGUCAAAUCCACCGUCGAUUACAUGACCUCCCUGGGUUUCACUGCCAUCGAGUUCCGCCGAAUCGCCGGUAUGUGCCCCGAAAUCCUCACCUCUCGAGUCUCCGACAUAGUCCCCGUAUUCACCUUCCUGCUCCGCGAGGUCUGCGUCAACGGCUCCGAUCUCAAGCGCGUCAUCAACCGACGGCCGAGGUUGCUCGUCUGCAGCGUCAAGCAACGACUCCGCCCCACCCUAUACUUUCUCCAGAGUAUCGGCAUCUACGAGUUAAACAAGCACACGUCUUUGCUCUCCACUAGUGUCGAAGAAAAGCUCAUACCCAGAAUCGAGUACUUCGAAAAAAUUGGGUUUUCGCACCGAGACGCGGUAUCCAUGUUUCGGAGAUUUCCGCAGCUAUUUAAUUACAGCGUCAAACAUAAUUUCGAGCCGAAAUUCGAUUACUUUGUGGUGGAAAUGAGAAGGGAUUUGAGGGAGCUGAAAGAGUUUCCGCAGUACUUCUCGUUUAGCUUAGAGAAUAGGAUCAAGCCUAGGCACCAGUGUUGUGUAGAGAAGGGUGUGUGCUUUCCUCUCCCCGUAUUGUUAAAGACGAGGGAGGCGCAAUUCCAAGAGAGAUUGGAGGUAUGGUGUAAUUCUUCUAUACCAUUGAGAACUUCCCCUUUGUGGUAUACAAAUUGUCAUAUUCAUUCAAAUGUAUAGAGUAAAUUUAGAUUUAA